UCUGGAGUCUCCCCCAAGGCCCCGCCUCCAUAUGUCCUCAUAUGUUAAUCCAAAAUCUUAAUUUAGUCUCUGUCAUAAGUUUCUUGCCCACCCACCACUAUCAAAAACAAACAUCUGCACAAGCAUUGAAACAUUAACAAAACCUAUGGGAUAGAAGAACACAUAACAAUCACACAUCUAAUCAUUUCCUUGUAGAUUUAUUUAGAUACUUGUUAUUAUUGUUGUUGUGUCUUGUUUUGGUGCGAACGUUCUUUAUCCUUAACUGAGUUUUGGCCCUCUCCUUCUCUUGGAAAUUACUGUACAUGAAUCUUCUUCUUCUUUUACUUCUACUUGUUUUUGUAUUAUUGGAGAAAUGAAAGUUGGAGAUAAUAAAUAUGCGUACCCUUUGUGAUAAUUGUGAGAGUGCUGCUGCUGCUGUCUUCUGUGCAGCUGAUGAGGCUGCUCUUUGCGGUGCCUGCGACGAAAAGGUUCAUAUGUGUAAUAAGCUUGCUAGUCGACAUGUGAGAGUUGGUCUUGCAAAUCCUAGCGAUGUUCCUCGUUGUGACAUUUGUGAAAAUGCACCUGCAUUCUUUUACUGUGAGGUGGAUGGAAGUUCUCUAUGUUUGCAAUGUGAUGUGACUGUUCAUGUUGGAGGUAAAAGAACACAUGGGAGAUAUCUUUUACUCAGACAAAGAGUCGAGUUUCCAGGUGAUAAACCUGAUCACACAGCUGCCGAAGCAAUGGACCCCGGUGAGACCAAGAAAGGGCAAAAUCCUCCACCUAAGUUGUCACUUGGAGAAAAUCAUCAACAAAAUCAUAGAGUCUCUCCACUUUCAUUGCCUGACUCUAAUUGUGAUGGACAUGGCAAGAUGGACAAUAAAUUGAUCGACUUGAAUAUCAAGCCUCAUCGAGUUCAUGAUCAUGCUCCAAGUGAUCAGGUUAGUAUGUCCUUUUGCAUCAUUGUUUUUUUAGGUUGAUGUCCUCGGAAGGUUUCAAAUUGUAGCUAAAAAACUGGCUCCAACUUGUGGAACUCUUGUCCAUUAAUUCUUCCUGGCAUGGGUAAAAUAUAUAUGUUUCGAAGAAUCGUGAUGUUGCCAUCAAUUUGCAGCUAUGAUCAUGAAAUUCGAAGAGUUGUUCCCAAGCAGUACUCGUCACCAGGGCAAACCCAUCACGAGGCCAGAAAUUUGAGCAAGUCUUUUUUGUCUACUAGCUAGUUCCCUUGACCUAAUUAAAUAACGAGUGGUUAGAAAGUCAAUUAGUGUCAAUUUUAUCAUUAAUCUUCUUGUUGUCAUCUCUUUAACCAUGGAGAUGAUAAUUGUAGCAUGAUAAUGUGUCGGGCUUUUCUGAACUUCUUAGGUUGAGUUUUGGGGGCGCUAUAAUAUUAUUUUGUUUGAAGUUACUAAGUGUACCCUUAUAUAAAAGGAUUAUUAAAUACUCUAGAAAUA